UAUGAAAUUCUUAUGGGCGAAUUUUCAAGGCUGAAAUUGAAAUGGGUUCCACAAGUUGUGGGAUUUUCCCAAACUCAUUUUCCCAUAAAGUCAGGGUGUCAGUGAGGAGAGUUAGUGAACUACAAGCUGAAACCCAUUAGAGAGGAGGGGUUUGGUUUUUGUUUAAACUAUCUUGUAGAAAAUGGACGACAACUCUGUUCAAAAACCUCUUCUUUCGACUCAGUCUGUUCAAGAACCUGCAGGUUAUGAUGUCAAGAAGAAACCUCUGACUCUGUUUUUGGCAAAAUGGUGUCUCAAAACUUUAAUGUGGGUGAUUUUCGUUUCAUGGGCUGCUUUUAUUUUCGUGUAUCCGGCAAAAUCUGUCACUGAAUUAUUUAGGAAGUUUACAAGAACCACCAAUGAAACUAUCUUUGGGAUCACAGGAAGCCUGUUCCUGGUAUUCAGUGCUCCGAUUAUCCUUGUUGCAAUUCUUGCUGUUGUAUAUCUUAUCUUAUCCGGGGAAGAGGACCUCCACAGAAAGAAGACCUCACAGAAUCCGAGAAUUCGAUUUUGGACUUUCCCUGUUCUUGUGGAUGGACCAUUUGGGGUUGUUUCUGCUGCUGAGCUUAUUGGGAUUCUUCUCUUUGCUGUUUAUGUUAUAUGGGCUGUCUAUAUUUAUACCAUGCAGAUUCUCAGCUCUCUGUCUGACCAGCUCCCUCUCAAACUGAAAAGUUGUUUCUUUUUGGAGAUUUUGGGACUUCGCCUUGGGUCGAUUGGGAUGUUUUGCUUGGGAUUUCUGUUCCUGCCAGUAGCAAGGGGAUCUGUUCUUCUUCGCCUUAUAGAUAUCCCUUUUGAGCAUGCAACAAGGUAUCAUGUAUGGCUGGGACAUUUGACAAUGCUUCUGUUCACUCUCCAUGGACUAUUUUAUGUAAUUGCAUGGGCAAUUGAAGGUCAUCUACUACAAGAACUGAGGGAAUGGAAAGAUAUUGGCAUUGCAAAUUCUGCUGGAGUUGUUAGCCUUUUAGCUGGUCUACUGAUGUGGGCGACAUCAUUUUCUCCAGUGAGGAAGCUAAAUUUCGAGUUAUUCUUCUACACUCAUCAGCUAUAUGUUGUCUUUGUUAUCUUCCUGGCUUUCCAUGUUGGUGAUUUCAUUUUCUGUAUGGCUGCUGGAGGCAUAUUUCUAUUCAUGCUUGAUCGCUUUUUGAGAUUUUGCCAGUCACGAAGAAUUGUCAAGAUACUUGCAGCAAAAUGCCAUCCAUGCGGAACUGUGGAACUUGUGCUUUCAAAACCUUCAAAUCUGCAGUACAAUGCCCUUAGUUUUGUUUUUCUCCAAAUUCGGGAAUUCUCGUGGCUGCAGUGGCAUCCUUUCAGUGUUUCAUCUAGUCCACUGGAUGGUAAAUACCAUAUGUCUGUUCUCAUAAAGGUUCUUGGCCAAUGGACUUCGAAACUUAGAGGAAAUAUAACAAAAAUUUCCGAGACAGAACCGGAAGAAGAGUCGCCUUUCGAGCCUCAUACUAAGUUAACAGCUUCUGUUGAGGGGCCUUAUGGUCAUGAGUUGCCGUACCACUUGAUGUAUGAAAACCUUAUUUUAGUAGCAGGUGGCAUAGGGCUUUCACCAUUCCUUGCUAUCUUGAGUGAUAUUCUCCACCGUGUUAGGGACGGGAGACCUUGUCUACCAAGAAAUGUUCUGAUCAUUUGGGCUGUGAAAAAAUCGAACGAGCUUCCUCUUCUUUCAACUGUUGACAUGGAGUCAAUAUGUCCAUCUUUCUCUAAUAAACUAAAUAUUGAGACCCAUAUCUAUGUAACCCGAGAACCAGAACCUCCAUUGGAAGAGGGUAAAGUUCAAAGCACUGUGAAUCCUUCUCUGUGCCCUGUGUCGAGUAGUCGUAGCAUGUCGGUUUUGGUUGGUACAGGACAUAAAGUGUGGUCAGGACUAUAUAUUAUCUCCUCUACAGUAGGCCUUAUUAUUUUAGUGGGUUUGUUGGAUAUAUUUUAUAUAAACCCAUAUGGUAUAUCUUCAUGGUGGUACAAAGGGCUCCUUUUCAUGGUUUGCAUGGCUGCAAGUAUUGUUAUCUUUGGAGGUUUUGUGGUUGGUUUAUGGCAUCUUUGGGAAAGAAGGGUUUCAGCAGAGGAGGAAUGUGAGAAUGGUAACCUAAAGGAUGACAAGGCAGAUCAUGAUGAAGCAGUAACUCAGAAGAAUUCAUAUCUGGAAAAUUCUGCAAAUCUUACCAGCAUCCAGUAUGGUUCAAGACCAGACUUCAAAGAAAUUUUUGAAGGGGUAUCUAAGCAAUGGGGCCAUGUGGAUGUUGGUGUAAUAGUAUGUGGUCCUCCAACUCUUCAAUCAAGUGUUGCUCAAGAAAUCAGGUCACACACCUUAACAAGACAAUGGCAUUAUCCAAUCUUCCACUUCAACAGUCAUAGUUUUGAUCUCUAAAUUUCUUCCUGCUUGAACAUGUUAUUUGUAUUCCUCAGGCCAUGUAUAUAUAUAUAUAUAUAUAUAUAUGUAAAGAGCAAGGUUAUAGCAUGGAUGGUCCUAUGGAUAUGGCCGACGGUUUUUGAAAAAUCGUCAUCAAUAUUCAUGUACAAAAAAUAUUGACGAUUAUUUUUUCAAAAAUUGUCAUCAAUAUUCACAGUUCGUAUGGGACCGUCCGCAUCGUAGCAUACCCUUAUAUAUAAAUAUAUGUAGAAAAUAUUUAUAUAUAAUUAUAUUUAGAUACAUGUAGAUACAUGAAGUAUAUAUAGAUUAAAAUAAUAAUAAAUAUGUAUAGAUUAAAAUAAUAAUAAAUCAUUUUAUCUGUGUACAAA